ACGAACGAACGAACGAAGCGAGUUAUUGUCAACAUUACUCUAGCGAGAGCGGGGCUGGAUUAUUAGCCUCUAUUGUGCUUGAUCUGUGAUAACUUGGAUACAGGUUUGACCUUGACGACCUACACACUUGGGUAGUUUUUCUCAAAAGAACUAUUUUUUCCCAGGCACAGGACAUUAUUUUGGGAUAAGUCCACCAAGAUGGAUGUAGCAGUGACCGAUGGAAAAAUUGACCACUUGCAAAAUCAGGUGGACGAUUUAUCUAAAAAAGUUGAUCGAUACCAUGAUGAGUUGCUAAACGUCAUCGUUAAGAAAAAGAAAAAGGUGGACACGGGGGACGAAAAUGAAGAACGAGGAAACUGGACAAAUAAAUUUGAUUUCUUUUUAUCCUGUUUGGGAUAUGCCGUUGGUCUCGGAAAUGUAUGGAGAUUUCCAUAUCUUUGUUACAAAAAUGGCGGAGGUGCAUUUUUUAUACCCUAUACCAUAAUGUUGGGAAUUGUUGGUAUCCCUAUAUUCUUCAUGGAACUGUCUCUUGGUCAAUUCUCCAGUAAUGGACCAGCAACUUGUUGGUCAUUCGCCAGACUCUUCAGAGGUAUUGGGUUUGGUAUGGUGAUUGUAUCAGCAUUGGUAGCCAUCUAUUAUAACAUGAUAAUAGGUUGGGCUUUCUAUUAUCUGUUUGCCUCAUUUACCUCAGUGCUGCCUUGGACGACGUGCGGAGAGUGGAGUACACCAUACUGCAGUGACCGAUUACCGUCUUACAGAAACGAGUCACUUUGCGCAUUUAAUAACUUUACCUCAACAGGCAACGGUACUUGUGUAGAUGGUAACGGAACUCUGACUGCUCUUUAUAACGAAUCCCUGGCCAAGGAGGUACUAAAUAUCAAGAGAAAACUUCCCACAGCAGAAUAUCUCGAGCGAGUCGCUUUGGGGUCAGCCUUUAGUGAAGAUAUAAGCGAUCUUGGUCCAAUCAGAUGGCAGCUUGUGUUAUGUUAUUUACUCGCAUGGAUCUUUGUAUGCGCAACUCUCAGUAAAGGAGUCAAGUCUUCCGGAAAGGUCGUUUACUUUACGGCAACGUUUCCCUAUGUAGUCUUGAUUAUCUUGUUUAUCAGAGGUAUAUUACUAGAAGGUAGUUAUGACGGUAUAUAUUACUACAUCACUCCUAAUCUCGAUAGGUUGUGGGAUGCCGAUGUGUGGAAGGAUGCCGCUGUACAAAUUUUCUUCUCUCUGUCAGCAUCUUGGGGAGGUCUCAUUGCUUUAUCCAGUUAUAAUAAGUUCCAUAAUGAUUGUUUUAGAGAUGCUAUAAUUGUAUCUUUUGGGAACUGUCUCACCAGUUUUUUCGCGGGUUUUGUUAUUUUCUCCUAUUUGGGAUUUUUGGCUCGAGAUAUGGGUGUGGAGAUAUCUGAAGUAGCUGAUAAAGGACCAACCCUUGCCUUUGUUGUUUACCCAUUCGCUGUAACUAAGUUACCUGUAUCUACUUUAUGGGCUAUUCUGUUCUUUGUUAUGUUAGUCACAUUAGGUGUUGACAGUCAGUUUGUAUUGGUUGAAACUGUGUCCACUUCUUUCAUGGAUUUAUUCCCUAAAUCAAGGAAUUACAAAACAUUUGUGGUUGUGGGAUUUGGAACUAUUUUCUUUCUGUUGGGUUUAACUUUAACAACAAACGGUGGUUUACAUAUGUUAGAUUUAAUGGAUUAUUACUCUGGUGGUUGGAAUGUCUUAGUUAUAGCUUUAUGUGAAUGUAUAGCUCUAGGAUAUGUCUACGGUGUAAGACGAUUUGUUCGAGAUAUUGAAGUAAUGGUUGGAAAGAAAGUGUGUGGUAUAUUCCCUUGGGUCAUGUGGAAAUAUUGGUGGAUGAUCUGCUGGUGUUUCCUUACUCCAGUAGGCGUAUCGUUCAUCUUGAUUUACUCAUGGGUAUUCUACACACGAUUAGACGGUCAACCUAAUUGGGCUGAUGCCCUUGGUUGGGGAAUGACACUGGUGGUGGUUGUCGCCAUAUUUUUACCUGGUUUGAUUCUGUUAUGUACUACACCAGGGACCUUCCGGGAGAGAAUUAGAACAUUGACCACACCUACAAAAGAAUGGGGUCCAGCUUUACCUAAACACAGAGCUCUUGUAGCAUCAUAUUCUGGUCCCAACUUUGUCAUUGACCCUAAUCAAACAGAUAAUCUAGAAAAUGGUAUUUCAGCUGACGAUAUCAAUUUAAAAAAGGGAUUGGACAAUAAGGGAUAUCCAGGCUAUGUUUCUAGUGCAGAUCCUGGUUAUAACAACGAUUAUGACACAUUAGACCAGAGAUUAUAAAUAAUAAACUAAUACACCGUUGUGCAUAACCAGACUUUGAAGAAAUCGGCAAGUAAAACUGACAUGAUCUGGGGCAUUGACUGCAAUACCGGACUACAUAAUAUGCUAAGCCUAAGGGUUAAUUCAAGAUAUUACCAUAUAAGCCCAGUUGCUGGUGCCCCCUCCCUUACAUUUCUUACAUUCCAGUUUUUACGUGUUUUUUUUUAUUUUAUUAUACAACGAAUCGUUUUGAACGUAAAGUCUCCAUUAGUUUAUAUAUAUAUAUUCUUUUUACAAACUCAUCAACCUAGUAACCCAAUAUAUGAUUUGUAGGAAUUUGUUAAAAUGCUCAAUAACUUUUUUUUAUUAAAAGAAAACUUUUUUUUAAAUGUGCUCUUUGCAAAUAGUCCAUUUGUGUUAAUUGUAAUAUGUUUUGUCUUCAUGUUUUUGUUUUAUUUUUAUCUUGUAUAUCACUCACGAAUACUGAAAUCUUUUAAAAUAGAUUUUGAUUUAUUUUAUGAGUCCUAAAUCACAUUGGUAACCGGGAGUCGACGUUCUUUCAACAAUCAGACAGCAUGAGAAGUAGAAUGGAGAGUGAUGUUUAGAAAUGAAAUGGGGUUUAACUGUAAUGCUCCUUCUGUUCUGCACCACUUUGAAAAACCUCGGUCCAUUCCGGGAUUGAACACUUGACUUCUAGGUUAGCGAGCCAACGUCUUAAUCGAAAAUCCACCGCUAUAAUCGUUCCCAAUAAUGGAAAUGGGUUGGCACAUGAUGACGAACUUACAAAUACCAGGUGUCGAUGUGCUAUAAUUGGGAUACAAGAUAACGUUGAAUCUUAAUUGCCCAAUACACAUAUCUAGCGUUCCCAAUACAAUCGAUUUUAAAAACGCCAUAUAAUAGACUCUAAAUAAAAGCAUAGUUUUGACAUCAUUUAAAAAUGCUAAUUUAACACUCCUUGAUUCAUUAAAUUUCUCUGAAACAGAUCAUUUCGAUUUGAUUUAUCCCCCCCCCCCCAAAAAUGUAUAUUAUUUUCAGAGUAUUUGUAUCAUGAAAAGUGUUAUAUAUUUCGUCAAUUGCUUAUUUAUUAAAUGAGUGAUAUGUAAAUUCAGUAGAUCACCAGAGUAUAUUUUUGUCUAUAAAUAUUAUAUAUUUUACAUUGAUCAUCAAAUAAAACCUUUAUUAUAUCAUGUACAUAGACUUUAUUAAUAAAAAAAUAUGUCUACAA